GACAAAAUCACGAAAAUUACUAAUUAUUUUCUUAAACAAAUCUAAAAAUUUCAAAAUUACAAAUUAUCAUAUUAAAUUUGUAAUAUACCUACUAAUAAUUGAAAAAUAUAUACAAUGCCACAUGUACGUUACAUAACUAUAUACAACACGUCUAGUUGUCAACUACCUAUAUCCGUAGACCUUAUACUCAGUAAAAGGUCUAUGCCUAUAUCUAAAUAAAUAACAAAUUAUCAAAACAACAAAAUAUGUUGAUAUUUUAUUUUUCUAGCCCAUUUGUCAGUAUAAUAUGUUAACCCGCAUCCGUCAUCGUCAGCUGGGGUCAGGUAACAAGUAACAAUAUAAUAUAUAAUAUGUACUAUAUCCGGCGUGUUUAACAACCAAACAGGUCUAUAAAGUCUAUGGUAACAACAUUACAUUUACAACAGGCAACAAUUAAUAAUUUAAUUUUCUGCUGUUUAUAAUAAGUAGGUAUUAUAAAAUUAAUUUAAUUAAUAUAUUCUAAAUACCUAUCCAAACAUACUAUAUAUAUACUACCACCACGAUUUAAGAUAUAUAGAUAUAUAUAAGGUAUAUCUUAAAUCGUGACUACCACCAACACUAACUAACUAUAAGAUAGCCAGUGCCACUAGAUGAUAAAAAUAAAUGCCGAUAAUGACACACACGGCACACAGUUUUAGAAAAUAGCGCGCACGAGACACGACAUCAUAUUUGAUAACAGUAGAAAGCUGUUAUCAUUGAGAAAAUCAGGCCAAUGACCAAUCUACUAAUCUAUUCUAGUAUUCACUAUUCUCUCAAUCAGAAUAUAAUAUUAUAUUUUCUAUGUUUUCGACGUAAUCGACGUUUAAAGGCUUUGAUGUUCCAAGUUGUAACUCGAAAUUGACUAAUUGUAAUACUCUAAUGCUCGUUAAUAGGAAUUACAAUGUAAUAUCGAUUGCCAUUAAGUAUUUUAUGUUCUAUAUUAAUUAUCGUCCAUUAUAAAUAACUUUCAAGUACGAGUAAAUUAUUGUUUGAAUUCUACGAGCAAUGCAAACUAAAAUGGACAAAACCGAAGAUUCGUUUAAUAACAAUUACACUGCUUACGAAUACUCAAAAGAAGAUGGGAUCAGGGACAAGAAACACUACAAUGGUUACCAGCACAAAUCAUCUCAAUAUGACGAAGUUGUAGCUCAAUUGUUUUCUAAGCAAUUUUGUAUUCCAAAUCAAAGCAAAUGGAAACUUCCUGACCCAGACACCAUGCUGAGUCACUGUACAUGGGAGUUACCAGAUUUUAUACAUUUAAAAAAAUCUCUUAAUUCAGUCAAGGAUAAACUUGAUGAUUUUAACUUAGCUGAGUGGCAUAAAAAUACAAAACAAACAAAUCCAGCUGGUAAAGUCAUAUCUAAAGUUAGAGGAAUUGGACAUCCAGAAUUAUUGACUGGGGCUUGGUUGAAGUUUUUUGAACUAUUAAAUGACUAUGAACUAAUACCGCAAAAAAGUAUUGAAAAUGGUAAAUUGAACAGUGUACAUUUAUGUGAAGCACCAGGUGGUUUUAUUUCUGCUCUCAAUCAUUUUAUUGCUAGCCAAGAAAUAGAUGUUAAAUGGGAUUGGGUAGGAGUUUCAUUAAAUCCAUAUCAUGAAGGAAACGGUAAUCCUGAUUUAAUAAAUGAUGAUAGAUUCAUGUUAUUUACAAUAAGCCAUUGGUUUUUUGGUAAGGAUCAUACUGGUGAUAUUUUCCAAAAAAACUUCUACAAAGAUUUAUAUGCCUAUGUUAAAAACCGUUUUGGCGAAGAAGCAAAUUUGGUUACAGCAGAUGGAAGUAUGGACUGUCAAAAUAAUCCUGAUGAACAAGAAAACGUAGUAAUGAGACUUCAUAUAGUUGAAACUAUGGCCGCCUUAAUGAUACUUCAAGAAGGUGGUACUUUUGUUCUAAAAAUGUUCACUAUGUUUGAAUGUAAUUCUUUAUGUCGAAUAUAUUUAUUAUGCUGUGCUUUUGAUUCAGUAAAAAUAAAAAAACCAGUUACUAGUAAACAAGGAAAUUCUGAAGUUUAUAUUGUAUGUUGUGGAUACAAGGGCUUACAACAUGUGGAACCCUGGAUUCAUAAAUAUUUUGCAACUAUUGAUCGUACUGUGUCUGAUUAUUGUUUGUUUCCAUUAAAAGAAUUGCCUAAAACUUUCUUAUCAUCCAUGUAUAACUGUUCAAAAUACUUUAGUGAACUACAAAUGCAAAUUAUUGAAAACAAUAUAGAACGAUUUAUAAAAAAAAUUGAAAAUGACACUAAAUACUUAACUGAUUUACAAUAUUGGGUUGCUAAAACAUAUGUUCAGAAAUAUAGAGUAAAACCAAUUGACCCAUCACAGGAAAUAGUUGGACAAAAUAAACUUCAGAGUUUUCAGUAUGAUUUGCCAAAAGUUUCUACGAAAUUAGUCAUGGAUUAUUCAUUUUCUGAAAAACAGCGUAGGAUAGAAUAUCAAGCAUCAGAUGAAGCAAAGUUACUUCAAGAUGAAGUGAAUAUGUUUAAACAAUAUCAAUGGCAGUAUGAAUCAUCAGUUUUGUGGUUUACUGCAGAGGAUGCCAAAAUUCUCUUAUCUGAUUUUAAUAUACAAAUGGGUAAACCUAUUUCUGUGAUACGUAACUCUAAAUUUUGUGUGAAUACACUAAUCGACUAUAGUAACCGAGCAAGAUCAUUAUUUACUAUUCCAAUUGAGGAUAAUAUUAAGCGUAGAGAUUACUUUUGGCUUCAAAUUCCAAGACAGUCUAUUAAUGGACAGUUAAUUGUUUGUGACCUAACAUCGAUAUAUAUUAGUGAUUGUAUCAAUAAUAAUAGAAAACAACAUGAUUCUUUGAUUGCUAUCUUAGAGUCAUUUGAAAAACUUCAAACUUCUGAUAGCUUAUUAGUAAUCGGAUAUCCGUUGCUUACUCAAGUGAAUGUUGGUGUUUUCUUUAUACUUCUUAAUAUGUUCCUAAAGACUGGUAUGAUGAAACCUGACGAAAUGGGUCAUGCUUUUGUGUUUUGCUCAAAAGUUAAUGAUAAACAUGUAGAUGAAUUAAUAACUCUUUUAAUGAAAUUAAAAGAGUAUAUUAAAGAUCCUAGUAUCAUAGAUAUAGUUGAAAAACAAGAACAAUCUUUGAUAUCAUUCUUUCCAAUUCAGAAACUUAUGUUUCAACCUAUUUAUAAAGACAUUGUUACUGUUAAUUGUUUGGUUAUAAUCAAUGAAGUGAAAAAAGCUGUUUGUUCUUAUUUGCAACAAUAAUGUAAAAUUUGUAAUCACAAAAAGAUUAAUUUACCUAAUGUAUUAUUUUGUUUAAAUUUUACAUAAUUUAAAAUGUAUAGUCCACUAAAAAAUAUAGAUAUUUUGUGAUAAUUAUUUUUUAAAUUAAUAUUAUAUAAUAUAUUAAUAUUGUUAUUAUGUUUCAUUAACAUAUUAAUUAUUUAUUUAUUUAUUUAUUUAUACUCAACUUAUUUUACAAAUAUGUUCUAAAGUAUGUUUGAGAAAUAAUUUAAAUACCAUUAUGUACCAAUGAAUAUAUUUUUCUUAUAUUUUGUAAUGUACUAAUCAAAUCUAAAUAGCAUAUUGUGAUUAUUUUUGGAAAAGACUGAUGGUUGAGAUAUUUUAAGUCAUUAAUUAAUUCUAGCAUAAACAUAUUAAAAACAUAUUACAUACAUAUAUGUAUACAAUAAUUUAAUAUUAUGUGUAUUAAUGUAAUUUGUUAACCAUUUACAAAAUUAUGAAAAAAAACCAAAGCAAUUUAGUUGCAUUCCAUUCCAGUGUUGACUGUUUUUUUUAUUAGAUGAAAUUGUUUUUUAUUCUAAUUUUAUUUUAUAAAAUGUUAUAUGUGUAUAGAAUAUUGAUAUUUAACAUUAUAUUUGUUAUAAAUAUACCUUGUAUUAUUAAUGUUAUUAAAUUGAUAUUUUAAGGUAUUAAAUAAUUUUUUAAUGUUUUUAA